UUAGAAAGACGGUUAACUAUUGGUUUGCUUACAACUUAAUCUUCUCGAAUUUAAGUGUGAGGUGAGACCUGAUCUGAAUUCCAGAAUUACGCAUUGAGAUGUCGUCGACUCCAAGGGUAUCGUCGGAAGAGCAACACAAUGAGGAGACAGCUCUACCGUCGUCUGUGAAAUUCGGAACAUCGGAGGCCCUAGCCUAUGUCCGCACUCUAACAGACGUAGGCGCCAUGACGCGUCUACUCCACGAGUGCAUCGCUUACCAACGGGCGCUUGACGUCGAUCUCGACAACCUCCUCUCACAGCGCAGUGACAUCGACAAGCACCUUCUCCAACUCCAGAAAUCCGCUGAGGUGCUGGACAUAGUGAAGGCUGAUUCGGAUCACAUGCUCUCUAACGUCCGCUCCACCAGUGAUCUUGCUGAUCAAGUUAGCGGCAAAGUCCGAGAGCUAGACUUGGCUCAGUCUCGCGUCAAUGACACUCUCCUUCGCAUUGAUGCUAUCGUGGAACGGAACAACUGUUUAGACGGCGUUAGAACCGCUAUGGAUGAAGAGAACUUCGAAGCGGCGGCCAAUUAUGUGCAAAGGUUUAUUGAAAUUGAUGGCAAGUACAAGGACUCAGGAUCUGAGCAGAGAGAACAAUUAAUGGCGGCGAAAAAGCAAUUGGAAGCAAUCGUUAAGAAGCGUGUGGUAGCGGCAGUGGAUCAGAGAGAUCACGGUACGAUUUUAAGAUUUAUAAAGCUUUAUUCACCGUUAGGAAUAGAAGAAGAGGGAUUACAAGUGUAUGUAGGGUAUUUGAAGAAAGUUAUAGGGAUGAGAUCGAGGAUGGAAUAUGAUAAUUUGGUGGAGUUGAUAGAGCAGAGUCAAGAUGAAACUAAAGUUGAUUUUAUUUCUUGUUUGACUAAUUUGUUUAAGGAUAUUGUGCUUGCUAUUGAGGAAAAUGAUGGGAUUUUGAGGGGUUUGUGUGGAGAGGAUGGGAUUGUUUAUGCUGUAUGUGAGUUACAAGAGGAGUGUGAUUCAAGGGGGGGUAUGAUUUUGAGGAAAUAUAUGGAGUAUAGAAAAUUGGCUAAGAUAUCGUCUGAUAUUAAUGCUCAGAAUAUGAAUUUACUAACCGUGGGUGUGACUGAAGGUCCUGAUCCGAGAGAGGUUGAGUUGUAUCUAGAAGAAAUUUUGUCAUUGAUGCAAUUGGGUGAGGAUUAUACUGAAUUUAUGGUGUCUAAGAUUAAGAGUUUGAGCUCUGUGGAUCCGGAGUUAGUGCCACGAGCUACUAAGGCUUUUAGGAGUGGAAGUUUUAACAAGGUUUUGCAAGAUAUUACUGGGUUUUAUGUGAUUUUUGAGGGAUUCUUUAUGGUGGAGAAUGUGAGGAAAGCUAUUAGGAUUGAUGAGCCUGCAAGCGAUAGCCUUACCACAUCUAUGGUGGAUGAUACUUUUUAUGUUAUUCAGAGUUGUUUGAGAAGGGCAAUAUCCACUUCAAAUAUCAGCUCUCUGAUUGCUGUCUUGAGUGGUGCAACUAGUUUGUUAAGCAAUGAAUACCAUGAGGCAUUGCAGCAGAAAACAAGGGAGCCAAACCUUGGGGCAAAAUUGUUCUUGGGUGGUGUCGGUGUGCAGAAGACUGGGACAGAGAUUGCAACAGCUUUGAAUAAUAUUGAUGUGAGUAGUGAGUAUGUCCUGAAACUAAAGCAUGAGAUUGAAGAGAAAUGUGCAGAGGUAUUCCCUGCUCCUGCUGAUAGGGAAAAGGUUAAGUCCUGUUUAUCUGAGUUGGCCGAUUUGAGCAAAACUUUCAAGCAAGCCCUGAGUAUUGGCAUGGAACAACUUGUGGCAACUGUAACACCCCGAAUUCGUCCAGUUUUAGACAGUGUUGCAACCAUCAGCUAUGAGCUAUCAGAGGCUGAGUAUGCUGAUAAUGAAGUUAAUGAUCCAUGGGUUCAGAGGCUUCUCCAUGCCGUUGAGACAAAUGCAGCAUGGCUCCAGCCACUGAUGACUGUCAACAACUAUGACACAUUUGUUCACUUGAUCAUUGAUUUCAUUGUUAAGAGGCUUGAGGUGAUUAUGAUGCAGAAAAGGUUCAGUCAACUUGGUGGUCUGCAGCUUGACAGAGAUGCUAGGGCUCUGGUAGGCCAUUUCUCUAGCAUGACUCAGAGAACCGUUAGAGACAAGUUUGCUCGCCUUACUCAAAUGGCAACAAUUCUCAACUUGGAAAAGGUAUCUGAGAUUCUAGAUUUCUGGGGUGAGAACUCUGGACCUAUGACUUGGAGACUAACCCCAGCUGAGGUUAGGCGAGUUCUUGGUCUAAGGGUUGAUUUUAAACCAGAGGCAAUAGCUGCUCUGAAGUUGUAAUCUGGUCUAUUUAGGUCCUAAGCUUCCCAUUUUCACAAUCUUCUAUUCUUUUCCCUGUCAGUGUAAGAAGCAAAUACAUACCAUAUACCACCCUAUAGACAUCUUGGCUAAUUCUUACGUUUUUUGUUU